GAAGCGAACUGUAGUUGCCCAGGUCUCUCCACGUGGUGGUUGCUGCGAAUGGAGAACCAGGCCGAUGGAUGGAAAUUGAAUUCCAUCGACAUUCUUUGUUUAUGGUCGCUGACAGUUUGUUGAGUAAAGGUAGUGGGGGAAAGAUGUUUUCGAGUAACUAGCACGAGGGGAGUAUCUACUUAAGUUAGACACCUCUAAUCUAGUAUAUAAUUUCAUCUCCACUACCCAGGCGACAUUAAUAAACAAACUGCCAACAUAACUGAAACGAAUUGCUUUAAUAUCCCCACUUUUUAAAUCAUUGGAUAAACGAAUAAUGAAAAUAAUGUGAUAACUUCUAUUCAUGGAUAUCAAUUUGUGGCGAUGUAGUACCUUCUAUCCAGUAUACCAGAUUAAAUAAAAAACGUGCAAAUUUGUUCAUUUCCCAAUAAACACAACAAAAAUUCUGUCAUCAAUUGUGAAUCUUCAAACUAAUAUAACAUCAUUAUGAAAUAUAAAAUGGAAAUUAAGUAGUCUUAUUUGUAUCUUGGUGAAAACAAACGGUAUGUUUGUUAAUGUAACUUUUUCUGAUCGGUGUAUAAAAGAAUAUUUAAUUUUCUAUCCCCCUUAGACAAGGAUCAUUAUCAGGACAAAUAAGUAUAUUUUAUUUAAUUUGUUUUAUCUAAGUGUUUAUUUGAUAUCACUGUUAACAGUCUAUUUAAAAAGUUAGAAAUAUGGAAGGUCAUUCAUAUAUUUCAUGUAUAAAAAUUAAUGGAGUUCCUAUCUUACCACCAUUGAUGACCAAGGAUAUCAAAAAAGAAAUGUCAAACUACAAGGAAAUUGCAAUAAGUAUAGAGAAAAGAUUAGCAAAUUUGCGCAAUGCCCGUGAACAAAAUAAUGAUAUAGACACUGAUACAUUUAAAAAAGAUUUUAAUGGCAGAAGAACAAAUAUGUGCAAUUCAAAAGAAAAUUUAUUUCUUUCAGAUUGUAAAAAAUAUCAAAAUAAAAAUGAAACAAAUAUUAAUGGUUUUUCAACAGACAUUUCUGAAAGUUCUAGUGAAAGCAUAAAACAAAAUUUACAGUGGAAUGAACAAGUCAAUAACAAUCAUGUGUCAGAAUACCGGAUUAAUUUAGACUCCGGUACUUGUUUGAAAUCAGAGUUACUAUCUUCAAAGACCAAUGCAGAUCAGUGUACACAAAACAUAAGUUCAACAAAAUCUAAUACCAUUGAAACACCAGAUGUUUGCAAACCACAAGUGCCUAAAACUUUGAACAUUAUACCAUUGACAUUGAACGAUCCUGUUCCUAAAGAUGAAAUAUACCAAACGACUCAUUCAAAUGACAUAGGAGAUACUCCCAAAUUAGUGCGUCAAGGGUCAUACGUGCUAGAUACUCCAAGUCCAAUAUUAUUAGCGCACAUGCAAAUGGAACAGUGUAACUCCACUAUUAAACCUUGUAUGGAAUACGUUGCAACACCAUAUUUGAACACAGUAAAUCGCAGAGAAUGGAAUAUCACACAAGCUAAAAUUGAAUGGGAAAAUGAAUUCACAGGUAAACAGUUUGCUUCUACAGAAUCAUUAGAAUUGUGUUCAAAUAAGGAGACAAACGUUGAUACUAGAACUAGUCAACAAAUGCAUAAAUCAGUUUCUUCAUUAACAAUACCUACAUCCAUAUAUGCAACAUAUCCAGCUACAAAAUCUGUUGACUGCAUUCAAACAAUGUUAGCUGAUGAAAGCAUAGAGAAAAGUAAUGUACAAAUUAAUAAUGAUAGAAAUUGUGCUAUAGAUAAGAAUAGUGAAAAAAAACAAAAUCUACAAUGUUGGAAAAGGUAUAAUAGUUCUUCUAAUUUUCAAGUAUCGUAUAACCAUGAUAACUUUUUGGACAAUGCAACCAAUAGCGAUAUAUCGUUUUCUAAUAAUUUGAAGAACGAGCAUAACAAAGUUCCUAUCAGUGAUAGUUGUGCAGAAGAAAUUUCAAGGAAUGCAGACACUAAAGAUUUGACAUCAAAGUUAAAAUUCAAUAUUACUUCAGAUAAACUUCUAACAGUUUACAAGAAAGUACAAGAAAUGCAUAAAAAACAGAUGGCAGAGUUAGUGUUUCGACAGCAAAAAGAACAAACUCUACUCCAAGAAGAGUUUGAAAAACAACAACUACUUUUAUUAACUGAGAUUAGAAAAUCUUUCCCAGAAAUUUCAGUUUCACUGCUUCCCGAAAAUAUUUUAUCGACUCCUUUGAAUCAAGUUACUCCUAAUCAUGAUAAGCUUUCUAAAGACACUGAUCAUAACAUGGAACAUGUGAAAAAUGUGAAAAGUAAUUUUCAAGAUGAAAGCAAAAUAAUUCAUUUACAAGACAAUAAUAAAAAAGUAGUUUCAUAUUCAGUGGACAACAGCUGUUCUAAAAAUAGUCUUCCUGUUACGGAAUCUUGUGUUACAGUGGGAAAAGAGGAAGUUAAUGUACAACCAGAUAAAGAUAAAAGUUAUGAGAAAAAAUUGGUAAAAGAUGGUGGUGGGUGUAAACGUUUAAACGUUAGCAGACAAUUAUUUCCGUUAGAUAGUAAAACUGUUCACGUUCCGAUUCUCGAUAGGACAAUAUAUGGGUCUAAACAUGUUGAAGCUGUAAAUGUGAUCAAUGGAUACACGCGCGGCUAUUUAGUACGUAGAAUGAUGCGAACGGAACGUGUGAUCGCUUUGAAAAAUAUAUAUAAAGAAGCUUUACAUUGCAUGCUCAAGCUUCACGUCGAUGCACCUUUGAAUCGAUCAGAAUUCAAUUUCUUAUACCGUCUUCAACUACAGUGUGAGGCAGCAUCUAUGAAUGUAGUGGAGUUAUUUGCCCAAAGUCCUAAGAAAAGGAUGCAAGUAAUAGCGCAAGAUCGUGAAAUCAAGCAAUCUCGCAUAGAACGUCCAACAUCAGCCAGAUCGUAUUCGUUUGCCACUCAGCGGACCUUAGCCAGGAAAAGACUGAAGGAGAUGAAAGAACAUCAACCAUCUUCUUUUGCGCGUUCAUGUUUGUCUAGAUCUAGAUGCCAAACUUGGACCUCAGAUGAUAAAGAAAAAAUUUUUUCUCCAAACAUUUUAUAUCAAAAUAUUAAAAGGAGCACAAGUGCGGGUACUGUAAGAAAACCAUGGCGGUAAAAUUACAAUAGUGCCUUUGAUUAUUUUAAUUUUAUUAUGUCAUAUAUGCGUAAAAAUUAUAUUGCGUAAACAAGUUCACUUUGUGCCUGAAUUUUUAAUAAAUUUUAUUACGUAUUUAAAGUUAUGUCUUUCAAAAUGUGUAUUACAUUACAUAUAAGUUGCGCUUGUCAUCUUAAAAGAAGAACUUUAUUAUAAAAUAGUUUGUACAGAAUAAAUGGUGAAUUCGUUAACAAAGGAAGUACCUAAAACGCUCUUUACCAUUUUAAAUGUAUUCUUGCAAAAUAAUAGCAUAGAGGCCCUUGUUAUUUUAGAUAAAAUAUUGAACAUGAUUAUUCUAUAAUU